UCACUCCCCAGACUUGUACAUGGUGACCCGCACCGUGAAGGAGGCCUCCGGGCUGCAGUCGGUGUCCAGCUCACUCUACCUGCGCCCCAGCAAGGCUGAGAAGGACGCCCAGUUCCAGUGCCUGGUGCAGUACCCGUUGCCCCGGGGGCAGGUGGGCAAUCACACCUCGGAGCUCUUCAGCCUGGUGCUGCACUAUUUCACAGAGAACGUGGAGUUCGGCCUGGAGUCGCCCCAGGUGAUCAAGGAGGGGGACAGCGUCAGACUGCGGUGCCAGGGGGACGGGCACCCCGAGGGGGCCUAUUUCACAGAGAACGUGGAGUUCGGCCUGGAGUCGCCCCAGGUGAUCAAGGAGGGGGACAGCGUCAGACUGCGGUGCCAGGGGGACGGGCACCCCGAGCCGGAGUACGUCUUCUACCGGGUGCAG